AUGAGCGGGUUUCCGGGGCCCCCGGGGGGCCCCCCGGGGGGCCUCCCGCAGACCUUCUUCAACUUCUACAAGACCCGGCUGUGCGGCCGCGCCCGCGGCCGCCCCUGCAGCUUCCCAGCCCGCUGCAGCUUCGCCCACAGCGCCGCAGAACUGCGGCCAGUCUUCGACUUGACUUGCACUCGGAUGUGCCCGCAGCAGCAGCGCAGCGGCUGCUGCGCUGCUGCUGCUUGCCGCUACUCCCACUCGCCCUCGCAGCUGCGGGCCACUUCUUGCUGCUUCAAGACUCAGCUCUGCAGGGCCUUCCAGACAGCAGCAGGCUGCCCCCUGGGCCCUCGCUGCAGGCACGCUCACGGGGCAGCAGAGCUGCGGCGGCCCCCGGAGGCUCUCUGCGCUGCUGCUGCUGCUGCUGCUGCUGCUGCUGCUGCGCGCCGCAGCAAGCUGCAGCAGCAGCACCACGCGCGACGCCGCGGACGCGCCGCGCUGCUGCUGCAGCACGCCGCCGCGCAGCCGUCGCCCCGCAGCAGCAGCAGCAGCAGCAGCAGCGGGGAAGCUGCAGCGGGCUGCGCGUCUCCUCGCCUCCGCCCCAGUUCGACCAGGCAAGAAACCGCUGCUGCUGCUGCUGCUGCUGCUGCUGCUGCUGCUGCUGCUGCUGCGGAGCCGCUGGCGGCUUCGCCGGCUUUAGGGCCCCCCCCGGGAUUCCCAGGCUCGCCUCAGCAGCACCUGCAGCAGCUGCUGCUGCUGCUGGCCAGUGGGUGUUUUGCUGCUCACAGCCACAGCCUGCCACUUUCUGUUUUGCUGCUGAGUCCCCCCCUGGCUGCUUCUGGCGCUGCAGCAGCAGCAGCAGCAGCAGCAGCAGCAGCAGCAGCAGCAGCAACGGCGGAGCCGCAGGGCGAGCUCAGGUGUACAGACACCCUGCUGCCCGCGCUGCCCAGGAAGAAGCAGAAGCCGCGAAAAGAUCUUUUUGCUGCUUUUGCAAAUAAAAAUAAAAAAGAAUUAAAAAAUAAAGAAAAAGAAAGAUUUGCUGCUGCUCUGGGGGCCUCCCCCAGCAGCAGCGCCUGGGCAGCUCUGGAGGCUGCUGCAGCACAGGUUGUUGCUGCUGCUGCUGCUGCUGCUGCAGCGGCGGCAAAAGACUCAGCAGCAGCAGAGUGCGCAAACGCAGAAGCAGCAGAAGCAGCAGCAGCAGCAGCAGCAGCAGCAGCAGCAGAUGCAGCAGACGUCAGGACUGCCAGCGUUUCCCCCGCCACUGAGCAGCACACAAGUUUGCUGCUGCUGCAGACUAUGCCAACUCCCACAGAAGCAGCAAAGAGCCUUUCUUGUGCUGCAGCAAUUCGCAGCGCCCUGGGCGAGCUCAGGCCGCCAGCAGCAGCAGCAGCAGCAGCAGCAACAGCAGCAGCAGCAGCAGCAGCAGCAGAAGGCAGCAGGAGGUUCCUCCAAAGCGUCGGCCGCACAGCCCCAGCAGACAUUCAAAGACACGCAGCACUCAAGGCCAUUCUUUGCAGGCAAAACAACAUGUAG